CGGCCCGCAGUUCUGCCCGGGUUUCGCUGCUCUGAUGCAGCUCGGCGGCGGUGGACAGGCGCUUCUGCUGCACCUCAACUCACGGAGCUUUCCACGAGCUUUUGGCGGGCUCGGAUACAGUCCGUUUUCUGGAGCUCUUCUGUCCGGACGGCGCGGCCGAGAGGCGCUAACAGGGGCAGCCGGACGAGCCGCGCUAGCGGCUAACAGAAAACACGCUAAGCUAAGCUAAUUAGCCUGGCUUAACUGGCUCCCUCCAGUGUUCGUAUUAGCUUAGCAUAGCUUAGGUCGGCUAGCGGCCGUUAAUACGGCGCUGUUUGCGUGGCUCCGCUUUCAGAUCCCGCUCGGUAAGAGAAAUGACCGAUUUUACAGCCGGUUUUUAACAGACUUUUCGGCGUUGGAAGCUGAUCACCGCCUCCGGUUGGUCCAGCGCGGAGGCUGCGGGACUCUGAGCCCGGGCUGCUCCGUUAGCCGAGAGGAGAGGAAGCGGUGAGCUGGCCGCUUUAGCAACAGCUGUUUUCCCGUCUUUAACCGAGACUUUAACCGGGACGGGAGCGGUCCCGGUGUGCUGUCCCCUUGUCCAGAGCAGGUCCUCGGCUGCCAGCAUGUUGAAGACACGCCAGUGUCUGCUGGGGAUCCGCACUUUCCUCGGAGUGGCGAGCAGAAUCUGGGGUUUCAUCCUCUACAUCCUCAGGAAGCAUCUCAGAACGAUAAUCCAGUAUCAGACAGUUCGUUAUGAUCUGUUACCUUUGUCUCCUGCAUCUCGAAACAGACUUAAUGCAGUAAAGAGGAAGAUCCUCGUGUUGGAUCUGGACGAAACUCUGAUCCACUCUCACCACGAUGGAGUGCUGAGGCCUACAGUGAGACCUGGAACACCGCCAGACUUCAUAUUGAAGGUGGUAAUAGAUAAACAUCCAGUGAGGUUCUUUGUCCAUAAAAGGCCACACGUCGAUUUCUUCUUAGAAGUGGUGAGUCAGUGGUACGAGCUGGUCGUGUUUACGGCCAGUAUGGAAAUCUACGGCUCCGCUGUGGCAGAUAAACUGGACAACAACAGGGGCAUCCUCAAACGCAGAUACUACAGACAGCACUGUACGCUGGAUCUGGGCAGUUACAUUAAGGACCUUUCAGUAGUGCACAGCGACCUCUCUAGUAUAGUCAUCCUGGAUAACUCACCUGGAGCCUACCGCAGUCAUCCAGAUAAUGCAAUACCUAUAAAGUCGUGGUUCAGUGACCCCAGCGAUACGGCCCUGCUGAACCUGCUGCCCAUGCUGGACGCUCUGAGGUUUACCUCGGACGUCCGCUCCGUCCUCAGUAGAAAUCUGCACCAGCACCGGCUCUGGUGAUUGGUCCAGCCGGUCCAGCCCAGUCCUGGACCUGCCCCCUUUGGUUUUAGCCUCCGCUAACACGCUAGCCGUUAGCCUCUCCACCGCUGGAACUGUCCACUCUGACGGUCGGCCGACCCUCUGGGUCACGUGAUGAACUUCACCAGUCAGACUGGAGGGAGAGGAGAGACGCACAGACUGAAAUCAGAGCGGAGAGGCCAGCUGUUUUAUUCUCGCUCUCCUUUUUUCUUCUUUUUUGAUUUUUUUUGUUUUUGUUUGUUGUUUUUGUUUUUUGUUUUUUGGUCCGGAUUGGAAACUGCCUUACAGCGUGAGUCCCGCAGGGGCGUGCAUGACCGGAGUGAGUCUGUAAAAACUGUUAAACGUGCGGGAGAACGUUCCCUUCGUCAUGUUGAUUUUAUUCUCGGACGUCUCCUCCUCUGUUGUGAAGAGAAAUUUGGUAAAAAAUCAGUUUUUCAUUCAUCGUCAUAGCACUUAUCUUUACCCUCUUUUCAUCCCUCCAUCACUCUCUGUCCUUUAUCCCUCUCUCUCUCUGACUCUGCAGGACUUUCAAGUACAUUUAUUGUCGUAUACAUGAAGAGCAGGAUGCUAAAGCUCAUCUAAAACCUUAAAAGCGAUAGCAGAUCUGAUUUUCACAUUAGCACAGGAGCUAAAAGGCGAAUGUAGCUAACAGGUAAUGGAAGCAGACACCCCACCAAUUAGCAACAGGGUGUUUUACAGUGCUGCUUUAAGGUGGAGCGGAUUCCAGCAGAAAGCUUGAGAACAGCGCCAGCUUGGCGAACACGUUUAAGGCGAGCGUGUGAUGAUUCAGGCAUGCAGUUAGCACCAUGCUAAUUGGUGGACUAUAGCCUUUCAUUACCUCUUGGCUACAUUAGCCUGAGUUUAGCUGCAGUAUCAGUGUUCAGUCUGUGGUAUUAGAGCUGCACGAUUCAGACAGAAUGCAGCAUCGCGAUUAGACCGAUGUGCGAUAUACGUACCUGUAAACGUUAUUAAUUAUUCGUCGGAUCGUGCGACCAGCCUGAUUUCAUCCACACGCACCGAGGGCGUCUCUGAUUGGUCUGACGCUCUCAGCACAAAGCUUAUUUACAUAUUUAAUAUCAGUAUUGUACAGAUUGAUAUCAUGAUAACAAGCACUGUAUCGUGCAGCUCUAAUACACAGUAACACCCACCUGCUCCUCCUCUCUCUCCUUCUCUCCUCUCCUCAUAUCUUCUCCUCGUAUCUCUCGUAUUUUCAUUUUUCUUCUCUUUUUCUUCCUUUUUAGUCUCUUCUUGUUAUCCUCUCCUCUCCUUUUCUAUUCUUGUCUUUUAUUCCCUUUUAUUCAAUCUUCUCUUUUGUCUUGUCUUUUUCUCCUCCUCUCCUUCUCUCCUCUCUCUAACCCCAGCCAUCUCAGGUAUCAGCUCAUAUGAACUGAGUGUUUCUGGCUGUUCUGUUUGAUCUGUUUCAGUAUUGAGUUCUGGUGGUUCUGAAUGAUCCAGAAAAGCCACCUCAGCAAAAUCCACCAAUCUAACCCUAAUUUAACCCAGCAGAGUCCGGCUCAGUCCGGCUCCGGGCCUGCAGGGCGUCAGUCCAGCACAGUUCAGUGCCGAUUCUCCUCAGCAGUUCAGUGUCCUCUCCAGGUCGCGGCUGAUUUAAGCUAAAGGUGCUGGCCUGUUCAGGGCGAGUCUGGAUGAUUGAGAGAUUGUCUUCAUUACUAUGAUUUAUUUUUUUAUUUUUGUCCUCUAAAACAUGGAGUGUCGUCAUGGAGACGGAUCAGUAUGGACUCUUCGGGAGACGCUGUCGUCUUCGCUUCCGUUUCUCGUCCCAUUGGAUCUCACAGUCGUUCACAACUGGAAGCGUUUUUGAGCUGUUUCAGUCCCUCCGAACGCAAAAGACAAAGACGCACUUACUUUUCUCUGUUUUCUUCGUUUUUGUACCGAGGACUCAUUUGAUUGGUCAGAAAAGUAAAUCUCCCGCCCACCGUUUCCUUCAAUCAUGCGGCAUUCGUUCUCAUUCUCUCUCUCUCUCUCUCUCUCUCUCUCUCUCUCUCUCUCUCUCUCUCUCUCUCUCCCUCUCUCCCGUAUCGUACUGGACAGCUCUGCCUGUUUGAGCAGUACAAAGCGAAGUGUCUGAGCGCACUGGUCCUCAGGUCUGUGCGUAUUUCCAAUAAAAACUCUUGUCACCGUG